AUGUCUCCCACAGCCAAAAGAGCCUGUCCCAGUCCUCUGAACGACAGCCUGGAGAAAAGACUGAAACGCAUCUCCAUUGAAGGCAACAUUGCUGCGGGUAAAUCCACUUUUGUUCGCCUGCUGGAGGAAUAUGAUCGAGAAUGGGAGGUAGUACCGGAACCCAUCGCUAGAUGGUGCAAUGUACAAACUCACCACACCGAGCACGAGGAAUUGAGCACCUCUCAGAAGAGUGGAGGAAACGUGCUGCAGAUGAUGUACGAGAAGCCCGAGCGCUGGGCCUACACCUUCCAGAGCUACGCCUGCAUGAGCCGCAUCCGCUCGCAGAUCAGAUCCACCAAUGGAAAGCUGCGAGAGGCCGAGAAUCCGGUGCAGUUCUUCGAACGAUCUGUGUACAGCGACAGGUACAUCUUUGCCUCUAACCUCUAUGAAAGUGAGUGUGUGAAUGAAACCGAGUGGGCGAUCUAUCAGGACUGGCACAGCUGGCUGCAUAAGCAGUUUGGGAAGCACAUUGAGCUGGAUGGCAUCAUUUACUUGCGGGCAAAACCAGAAAGGUGUUUGGAGCGAUUGCAUUUGAGAGGAAGGGACGAGGAACAGGGAAUUCCACUGGAAUAUCUGGAGAAACUCCACUAUAAACAUGAGUGCUGGUUACAGCACAGGACUAUGAGGUAA